GCUCUCUCGGAUUUCUGACCAUGUCAUUUGAAAUUUAUAUUUUUUUAUAUACAUAAUAGAAAUACUCCCUUCGUCGCAGUACAGCAGAUCACUUUCGUUGAUUCUACGCAUGUGAACUAUGAUUACCUUGAAUACGCUUCGUAACCAAAGUAACACAUGUGCAUUCUUAUAACAUUCCUGAUGUGGAACAUGUAUACCUAGUGACUUUUUAUUUAGCAUACUUUCUUACAUUAUUAUUAUCUUUUUCAUAUGCUUUUCCUGGAUCUGGAAAUAUAUGGCCAGAGUGUAAAUUUAGUUUAUAUACAAAUAAAAUUUAAAAACACUUCAACCGAAUUUGGAUGUUUAAAAUUUUCAAGGAUAUACUUCAUCUUUAUAUUCUUAGAGCUAUGUAUUUGUUCUGUUCAUAUAUUUUUGUUCUCCAUGUAUAUGGUCACGAAGUGUAAAAUAAAUCGUAGAUUGACAUCACGCGAUGAAAUCUGCAGAAUAAAAUACGUAUUGUAAAUUGUUAUUGAAUUAGUAAAAUACAAUAUAUAGUCAAAGUGGCAGUUGUUACUUAUAUGUUCAGACCAAAAUAAGAUAUUAUUUUUAUAUAUUAAUCUUAAUCCUUCAGUAUGCAAUAAUUUAUCAUAAAGUAAACAAUUGUGUUUCAUAAGGCCGGUUAUUCCCGGUGAAUUAUUUUUUUAAUCCAUCAUGAAGUGAACAAGUUUAACUGAUCAAAUUUGUAAUAUUUAUAAUAUUAUUAUUGCAUCUAAUAUAAUGGAAAGAAGUAUUAAUUUUUACAGUUGAGUUUUGUUGUUAAAGAAAUGAAUAUCUGGAAAAUGUUUUGAAUUUCAUAAAUGUAUAUUGAUAUUUUAUAAGAUUUAUAAAUAGAUAUGAAUAUUUAAAAUAUUAAACAUGCAGAAAAAUCUAGCAGUGAUUAGCGUGUUACUAUCACUUUAUAUUAAUAUAGUUAUUUCUGCACAAUUUUUGACAUAUUCUCCCAUCGUUAUUGAUGCUGAUUAUAAAAGGGAAUAUAAUUUUACCAUAAAUAGUACUGUUGAAUAUGUUUUUUUAUACCCUACUAACAAUGUGACUAUGUUAGAAACUGCUAGAUUAGAGGUUGAAAGCAAUGCUACAACUGAUUUCCCUAUUAUUGUGGUAGUACGUCAACAGAAAGGAAUUCUCUCAUGGCAGAUUCCACUUGUAGUAAAUAGUAUUUAUUUUAGCAAUAAAGCAUACAACAAAACUGCUAGAACUUUGUGUUCAACUAAAUUUUAUCGAAGCGACUCAGAAAAUCUAGAUGAAUUUAUUAGUGUUAGUUUAUCUACUGGUAGCCACCAAAAUAUAUUAUUUAAGCUUAAUAUGACAGAAUUGUUAGAUUUUUAUUUAAGUCCUGGUGAUAAAAGGUUAGUAGAGAUUUCUCCAUCUCAGCCCAUUUAUUAUGGGUAUGUCUUUCCAGGACAAGUAGAAAGUUCUUCUGUGAUUGUUCAUAUCGAAUCUGAUAGUGAUAUAUGUAUGACAGUUUCAAUACAAAAUACAUCGUGUCCUGUGUUUGAUUUAGAAAGGAACAUUGAAUUUGCUGGUUAUUGGCAAACUGUAAGUCGACAAGGUGGUAUUACAGUGCCAAAAGAAGCAUAUCCAUUGGGAUUUUUUGUUGUACUUGUAGUAAAAGGUGAUGAUACUGAUUGUUAUGGAGUACCUAAUAUGAUUCCUGCGCGGAAUAAGAACGUGACAUUAACGAUAAUAUCCAGUAUUACUAAACAAGAUUACAUUAUAGCUUCAACUACAGCCAUAUCUAUUAUUUUUAUAUUUUGCUUUAUUUAUGUCGUAAGUAUAGUGGUAUUCAAAAUUAAAGAAGGUAAAAAAAUCAAACAAGAGUUAUUACAUCAAGAAUCUGAUAAUAUUGAUGAACCAAUACCAAGUCCAUCGACAAUAGAAGAGACUGGUCCACGUCAAUCAGUGACAAUAGAAGAAGACUCAUCUUUAGAUGAAGAUGAUAUUGAUUUAAUGGAAGAUUCUCUUUGUGAUAAGGAAGUAAUACGAACGAAACUUGUACUUUCAGUUUGUGACUUGGCUCGAAAAGAACCGAAAAUUCUUAGACAUAAAUCUCGAUUAUAUCUAUAUUAUUUAAUAACAGUGGCUAUCUUCUAUGCAUUACCAGUUGUUCAAUUGGUAAUAACGUAUCAGCACGUGCUUCAUGUUACGGGCAAUCAGGAUAUGUGUUACUAUAAUUUUUUGUGCGCUCAUCCAUUGGGAUUAGUCUCAGAUUUCAAUCAUGUAUUUUCAAAUUUCGGGUAUAUCAUGUUAGGUUUAUUAUUUAUAUUCAUAACAUACUCUCGAGAACACAACGAAUAUGAUCGAGAAAAAAACAAAUGUUAUGGUAUACCACAACAUUAUGGAUUCUUUUAUGCAAUGGGCACUGCACUUAUUAUGGAAGGAAUACUCUCGGGAAGUUACCACAUAUGUCCAAAUCGAAGCAAUUUUCAAUUUGAUACCAGUUUCAUGUAUAUGAUAGCGGUGCUUUGCAUGAUCAAGAUUUAUCAGACUCGUCAUCCGGAUAUAAAUGCUCGGGCACCAGUUACAUUUGGUGUCUUGGCAUUAAUCAUUCUUAUAGGUCUUAUAGGAGUUUUGAAUGGUUCCAUAUAUUUCUGGAUUCUAUUUACCAUUGUGCAUUUAUCAGUUUGUCUGUUCUUAACCAUCCAAAUAUAUUUCAUGGGCCGAUGGAGGUGCAAAGGUUUACUAAUAAGAUUAAUACAGACCUGUAAACAUGAUGCCCGUUCCGGAGCUAGAAAUUUGUUUCGACCCCUGUAUCCAGCACGAUUUAUAAUGCUUGUUGUAGCAAAUUUAUGUAACCUUGCUCUUGCGGUAUUUGGAAAUAUACGCCAUGAUAAAAAUUUCGCAACCUUCUUGUUAGCCAUAUUAAUGUCUAAUUUAAUUUUAUAUACUACUUUCUAUAUUAUAAUGAAGAUUUGUAACAAAGAACGGAUCCUUCUCCAACCAAAAAUGUUUAUUAUUCUAUCCAUCUUGUUUUGGGCUGCAGCUUUAUAUUUUUUUGUACACAGAACUAUCUCAUGGGCGUUGACUCCAGCUCAAUCCCGGCUUUAUAAUCGAUCCUGCGAACUCCUAAACUUUUUUGAUAGUCAUGACAUAUGGCAUUUUUUGUCUGCUUUUGCGAUGUUCUUUUCAUUUAUGGUAUUGCUUACUUUGGACGAUGAUCUAGUCGAUGUACAUCGAAGUCAAAUACCAGUCUUUUAAGGGUGCUUAUACGAAUAAAAAGGGUAUAUAUACCAUU